AUGGCAAGUCCUUAUCAAACAGUACUCCGUCAACCGAUUGUCCCGACAAAUGUCUUAUUCUGGAUUCUUUCUAUAGCGAAACAGGUGUUUCUUGGGAACAAUGCCGGAGAUAAUCGUGAUAAUGAUGGAAAAGAUCAUGGCUAUGAGUCUUUAGAAAGCCAAGACCGUGAAAUAGUUUGCAGUAUUUUUGCCUCGAUACUUAAGUUGCUAAAAACCGUCGGUUAUGAAGACCUAAAGAUUCGUCGAAUCUUGCAGGACCUGAUUUCUAUUAUUAACUGUAACUCUACAUUUGAUUCUUCGUCUUUGCUGGCAAUAGUAUCAAGUGAUCAUGAUGAACUACGUAAACAUUUAAUGCAAAGGUCAACUCGAUUGGAACAGACUUUGAUAUUUGCUUCACGAUUUCCAACUGAAAUCGGGAUGAUUAAAAAAAUUUUAUUGGAUGAGUUUUCGAUACGUAAUGAUUUUGGUCUUUUACGACCGCUUAGCGUAAUUUUGGAUUUAUACAAAAGCACAUCACCUCAUGAGAUCAUGCCUCUGAUUAGGCACUUGAGUAUUUCUAUUGAUGAGGAGGAAGAAUUUGAGAGGCAGUGCGUUUCGCUUCCACCUCUUCUCCAACAAUUAAUGCACAACGAAAUAACAGAAACAUGGAUCGAUUGUUUUGAAAUCUCGAAAUUGCAAAUCGUGAACAAGUUACGGUGCGAUAAGGGUGGUAGUAGUGGCAAGGAAACAGAAAAAGAAAUCGAAAACGAAAUCGUAUCUUUAUCAGACAUGAAUUCGUUCGAGUCAUUUGGAGAUUUGCAAAAAAACAUUAGAUCGUUAUUGCUUGAAACAAAAGAAUACGAACAACUCAUUCUUAUUGUAACGACGAUUGCUGAAUUAGCGACCAAUGCACCAUACAAAUUUCUGCCCAGAAUACUAUUUUCUCUUCGAUUGUUCCAACAAUUAUUGGAGUCUAUUUUUAGGAAUGAAAAUAUAUCUAAUGAUCAGCGAUCAAACGUUUCAUCCAUUUAUCAAAUUUCAUUAAGCAUCUGGUUAUCCUGUUUUGCUCAAACCACAACCACCUCUACUACUAAUCAUAUUACAUCAACCGAACCUCAAGAACCCUCUAUAGACAUAGCACUGCUUUUCCUCUUAGCUUUUGACGUUUCCUCUCAAUAUGAAAUGAUGGUGAUUACGACAUCAAACAAGAACUCAAAAAAACGAAGACCAAGAAAGAUAUUCGCUCCAUUUCUUGCAAAACUUUUAAAAUAUUUUUGUAAAGUUGUUAAAUACAACACACUAACAAAAGACGAAAUCAUUAUUGAGAAGCUUAUUGAAGUGAUAAUUGAUCGAUUAAUGUUGAAGAUUCCUUUGGAAAUCAUACAGGAUGAAGUUGAAGAUUUGGAGCAAAUUCCGGGAUGGAGUAAGUUAGUUGAUGGGUCAUUUAUUGAAUUUUUGAGAACUUGA